AUGAGCGUGACCCUGUUCCUGAGCCAAACCAUCGAGUCGGAGUCCGUGUGGUGGCUGCUCCAAUUCUACCGCAACAACAACGUCCAGCUGACCAUCGAGCCGACUGAAGACGUAAGAGGGAGGCUGGAACGGCUCAUGAUGGGGCGCAGGGCGCAUGUCAGGAGAGGGAUGGUGCUGCCCUCCUGGUGCGCUUCAGAUCUACGAGAGGCCGUCGUUGGUGUGCAGGGGCGGCUACUACCGUGGUCUGCGUGAGGUGGUGGGCAAGCUCGUCGACAUCAGUGUGCUCGAGCUCGAGGACGACCCCAACAUCAAUGAGAGAUGCGGAACAGAACGGAUGAGAAGCGCGCCUCACUCAGCACAUCCAUGUGUGGCGUAUGUGUGUUUGCAGGCACUCAACCAUAUGCUGACGGCGCUGGAGGACAGGGCGGACCUCUAUGGCGGCCUCCAGGAGGUAUGUGUGUGUGUGUGUGUGUGUGUGGCUCCGCAGAGGAUACGCGAGGAACCAGGCAAGUUCCUGUUCUACCGCGAGGAGCUCACCGGCAUCGACCUUCUGGCCCUCCCCUACGCCGAUGCACAACAGGUCCUCUUCACACUCCGAAAGGGAACACACACGCCACGGCGACAUGACGCAUUGUACUGCGGUGUUGCAGGACAAGCUGCAAGACCCGGUGGUGCAGCUCUGGAUCGACCGCGUGAGAGGGGCGAUUGAGGAGAUGCGGCAGGGGCGGCGCAGGGGGUAACCAACGGUACGCAGAAUGACGCACUCACUGCACAUCGGCGUCUGAAUGUGUGGCAUUUUGUUUGUGUACUGGCAGGCGAGCGACGUGAGGGCGAGCGGGUCAGGAAAAGCGUGGGUGCUUUUGGUGCGCUUCAGAUCCACGAGGAGCCGUCGCUGGUCUGUGUGGACGGGUUUGUGCGCGGCCGGCGUGAGGUGAUCGACAAGCUGAUCGAGAUUGGCGCCAUCCGACUGGCAGGUGGGUGAGGAACAGACUAGUGGAUGAGAACGCACCCCAGACACGCCAUGCGUGUGAUGUGAUGUGAUGUGUCAACAGCGCGCUGGGGGAGUGUUGCCGCGACGGCCGACUGCGGGAGGUGGGUGGCUGUGCGUAUUCCACAAAUGUGAUUUGGCAACCACAUGUGUUUCUGUGUCUGUUUUCUUUGUGGGUCUUUUGCAGCUCGUCACCACGGCGCCCGAUUUCCUUCUCAGGCACAAGCUCACGAGCCUGGACGUGUUGCUGUACCCCUACGUGACGGCACUGCAGGUCAGUUUCGACACCAACCUACUACUACAGAAGCAAGGCACCACACACCCGCACCCCUGCCGUCCAUUGUGCUGCGUGCGUGGUUGCAGGAACAAGCCAAUGAACCAGCUCUCCAGCACUGGAUCGGCACCAGUGAGUAUGUGGUACCUGCAGCACACGUGUGUGAGUCCCUCCCUGUUUGUGUCUUGGCGUCUGCUCAGGUGCGGAUCGAGCACUUACGCGCGAUGUUUCCGCCUUCAAUGUACCGCCCGACGCGCACAUACGCGGGUGAUACAACGACAUCUGUACGCUGGUGCCGCCCGGCGCCACCCAGCGCGAGCGUGCUACGAAAGCGCAAGGACGCCGACGGCUGGGUGCUUGUAUCAUUGCUCCCCCUUCUCGGCGUCCCGCACCAAGGGCAAGAAGCUGGCGGGCAACCGCUUCUCCGUCUUCAUCGACGACGACGAGUCAGACAGCGAGACCAAGGCAGGCGACAAGAAGAAGAAGCAGCGCAAGAACAAGAAGAAGAAGACCAAGUCCAGCACCGAAUCAUCCACCAACGACGGUGCCUCCCGCACCCCCGCACCUGCCCACGAGGCCGAGGAGACCGAGCCGUGA